UUUUGAUCGCCUUCUCUUUACUUAAUUUAGUCCCUAUCGCCUCCGGGGGCUAGGUUGUUUUCAUAUAUUUGUUUCUUCCAAACACUCCUCAUCCCGUACAGGAAAAAGAACGUUUACCAGCCGGCGCGUUCUGUUUAGUCCGCUGGUCGCUUCCCGUACUAAUCCCAGUUGCCUUUUUAAUCUAGUGUAUGACCGUACCGGACGCCGUUUACAAUCAGAUAUCGAUCACUGCGACUAUGUCCGACAAUCCUGCGCCCAUUGCAGAGGGAAGUACAUCUCGUUCAAGGCCGUCGAGACGUGGAGGCCGAGGCCGUGGCAAUCGCAAUCCUCACCGACGUCCUCAGACCCAGACCACAGUAUCAUCUCACGACACACAAUCAUCAUCCCAACAGUCGCCACAAGCUCAACCUACACAACCCUUACCAUCAGACCCUCCGCACGAUGCGCCACGCUCUCGAAGAAGACCACGGAGAGGUAGAGGAGGCCGAGGUGGCGGCGCACCCCCGGAGGCUAGUGAUUAUCGACAAAGAGAACGAGGUGGAGACCGGGGAAUAGCCAGUGCGGGCAGGCGUUUCGAGGGACGCCUAACGAAACCCGAGCAAGCCUCAGGGGAUGAUCAAGCCGGUACUACAGUAGGCUCGAACGACCUAGAAUUGAGGGCAGAUGCGCCUGAGUUUGUACCAGGAACACAACCGGAAAACGUUACUUCGUCGGCCACUCCUGCAGCCACAAAAAAGAAGUCCAAACCUAAGAGUACUCCACCUCCACCGCCAAAAGUCACCACAAAGUCAGUAGCGCCUGACAUUGCUACUCGCAUUCACGAGGAUAUUGCACACAAUCUGUAUGAAUGUCCCAUCUGCACUGCGGAGCUGGGAAAGAGGUCGCGUGUCUGGUCUUGUGGGCUAUGUUGGACGGUCUUCCAUUUAAGUUGUGUCAAGAAAUGGUCAAAGAAUGAAGGUGCCGCUGCGCAGGACCCUACCCGUCGUCAAGGAGAGGGCGACACGAAUACACCUCGAGCCUGGCGCUGCCCUGGAUGUAACCUUGCGCAUGAAGUGUUUCCGUCAAGCUACACAUGUUGGUGCCAGAAAGAAGUCGAUCCGCGGUCGCUCCCCGGUCUCCCGCCACACUCCUGCGGGCAAACCUGUGCACGACCACGUAAAGGCUGCCCACAUCCGUGCGAUACGACUUGCCAUGCUGGACCUUGUAAGCCGUGUACAGCUAUGGGUCCCACUCAGGAUUGCUUUUGCGGUAGGAACUCGUCUACCAAGCGUUGCCAAGAUACCGAUUAUGAAAAUGGAUGGAGCUGCGGCGAAAUAUGCGGCGAUAUUCUGCCCUGCGGUGAGCAUACUUGCUCUCGACCAUGUCACGAAGGUUUUUGCGGUUCUUGCGAGGUGAAAAUAGAGGCUCGUUGCUAUUGCGGCAAGGUGCACACAGAAAUGAUGUGUAGCUCUAAGGAUGAGGAAAAGGACAGUCAGAUGCUUCAUGGCCAGUGUGGCGAGGAUAGUCACAUUGACGAGUGGACCGGCUGCUUCAGUUGCGGAGAGCAAUGUAAUCGCCCCUUUGACUGUGGUGUCCAUUCCUGUCAACAGGGCUGUCACCCCCAGGAUAUACACCCUGCCCACUGCCCGAGGUCGCCGGAUGCCGUUCUUAAUUGCCCUUGUGGAAAGACACCAUUGAUUGAAAUACCCGGAUACUCUCCCCGAACUUCUUGCGAGGACCCAAUUCCCAACUGCUUGGAGGCUUGCGGAAAGAUUCUCAGAUGUGGACACUCAUGCGACAAGGUCUGCCAUACUGGCUCUUGUGGGCCUUGUUUCCGCAAGAUUCCCGUACAGUGCCGCUGCGGACGUAACUCUUUUAUGACCAUUUGCCACCAAGGUACUAUUGAGCCCCCUCAGUGUUUCCGGAUCUGCAAAGCUGGUUUGCACUGUGGUCGACAUGCGUGCACUGAGCGAUGUUGCUCUGGUGAACAGAAGGCAGUUGAGCGCCAGGCUCUACGGCGAAAGCUCAAAUCCCAUCUUCGCCCAAGUGAUGAAGAUGUGGAGGCCGAACAUAUAUGCACUCGGAUUUGUGGCCGUAUGCUGAAAUGCGGGCGGCAUACGUGCCCAGAACUUUGUCACAAAGGACCUUGCAACACCUGCAGGGAAGCGAUUUUCGAAGAGAUCUCAUGUAACUGCGGCCGGUCUGUUUUGUACCCGCCCUUGCCUUGUGGGACCCAGCCGCCACCGUGCUCUUCUCCGUGUGAACGUCCGAAAUCGUGCGGCCAUCCUCAGACACCGCACAAUUGUCAUACGGACGAGGAAAGCUGUCCCAAGUGUCCCUAUUUAACAGAGAAAACGUGUCUUUGCGGAAAACAGGCGUUGAAGAACGUACCUUGUUGGCUGGCGGAUGCGCGUUGUGGCCGUAUUUGCGGCGAACCGCUUAAAUGUGGCUCUCACACUUGCAAGAAGAACUGCCAUCGUCCAGGCGAUUGCGAGGAUGCCUCGAAGCCUUGCCAACAGCCAUGUGGAAAGACCAAGACGAUGUGCAGUCAUCCUUGUACCGAGCCUUGCCACGCCCCUUACCCAUGCUCGGAAAAAACACCCUGCUCCUCCAUGAUCACGGUGACAUGUGGCUGCGGACGACUCCGUCAGGAGCGUCGCUGCAAUGCAGCGAAGGCUGUCGCAUCAAAGGGGCAAUUGCAGCAGCCGCAAAGGCUCCCUGCUUUGACUCCAUUGGCAUGCGAUGAUGAAUGCUCUCGGCUCGAGCGGAACCGUUCGUUGGCAUCUGCUCUGGGAAUCGACAUUAAUCCAUCAACAACCGUUGCUCAAAAUUUAACGUCCACUAAUCUUCCCUACUCAUCUGAAACCCUUGACAUGUAUAUUCAAUUGUCAUCCUCCUCUCCCUUGUCUACUCUUCAAUCUUACGAAUCCACACUUCACUCCUUAGCGGCCAAUACAACGCAGCGCUCGGUACGGUUUCAACCAGCCAAAUCGUCACUGCGGGCGUUCGUUCAUUCACUCGCAACCGAUUGGGGCUUUGCGAGCGAGAGUUUUGACCCCGAACCCCACCGACACGUGUUUGUCCUGAAACCUACAGCGUGGAACCCUCCCCUUUUCGGGAUGGGCAAUGGCACAGCGAUCGGAAUCGGCGGCAUGAGCGUGAGCGAAUGCGUCAAAUUGCGCGAACGCCAGAGACAGAAAGAACGGGAUGCCCAACGUCUUGCUGUGGCGGAAUCAAAGGCCCAACGGGAAGCCGCUAAAGCUCAGGCGAACGCUGCCAGCGAUGGUGGCUGGGCUCAAGUCGCCGCCUCACGACGAAGCAACGCUAGCACACGAAGUACAACACCGAACCCGGGUGCAGCUCCCUUGUCUGGUUCGAUGUUUGCAGCCCUUGCCGGCGAUGAUGGUAGCACAUGGGGCGCUCCUAAGAAGGAAAAGCUUGUUCUCCGGUCUGGAGUAGGCGCCGGGAAGCAGUUGCGUACUCCCCCUGCGCCAACUGCUGUUGCUGAGAGUUGGGAGGAAGAGGAGGAAGAGCAAGAGCAGAAAGAUCGAGCUCGCGAGCAGGAGCAAGUCAUUGAACACGGAGAUAUUGAAAAAGAAACCUCCGAAGAGAUAACUGAAACUGGGGAAGCUAUUGCCACUUCCUCAGCGGUGUGAUGCCGAAUUAAUCAGGACUGUACUUAAUGAUUUCUGAUGAUUGUUAUUCCGCCAGACCCUUUUUCUUCUUGCUUUUCUUAUUUCAUACAUCAUCAUACAUACGGCCCCCAUGUGAUUAUGGUGACAGCAAUAGCAUACGUGGUUUGCAUGACUGGCGUGUUUCGCAGCGUGAUAUGAAUGUCGAAUAGUGUCAUAGAGCUUAAAAAUAUAUUCAAUCUAUUAUAAUAUCUCAGUUUACUGGGUUCUCCGUCUUGAAAAUUAUAUCAGAGAAGAACCUUGCCCAGUCAAACCCUAAACAUCGUAUUGUAGGGUGAAGGACUACGUCUUGCCAUUUGCUAGGGCAUCAUCAUAACCUUUGGGCUUUGGAAUGGCCUUAUUAACCAUAAACACCUUCAACACAAUAUCUGGGCCUUCAAAUAUUAACAUGCGCCUUUCUUAUACCGGCAAGCAGUAUUCAGCCUGCGUCAGUCAAGCUUUUGAGCCAACCAUCAACGCUAAUGAGA